CAAAUAUUUAUCAACAUUUAUUUUCACUGUCCAAUUAUUCUUUGUUAUAAUCGCAUUGACCAUGUAAUAUAUAUAUAAAGACAGUAAUAGCAAACACUCGUAAAUCAUUUACUCUCAACAUCCAUUAUGUUGUAUUCACAGAUAGCAUUAUCAAUUAGCCUUGUAGUAAUCUGGAACAUUCUAUCAACAAAAGGUGACUGUAUUCCAUUGAAUGGCGUUUGUACAAAAACUAUAUUUGCUCCAUGCUGUAAUAAUACAGUAUGUAAAUUGUCUGGGCCAUUCUCUGGUAAAUGUGUGGAAUGCCUUAAACCAUUUUCAUGGUGUUGGAAUGGUGAUGAAUGUUGUUCAAAACAAUGCAGUUGGUUCAGAUGUUUGAGUACUGUUGAACAAUAAAUUAAACAUAAUUCAUUUUCUCUUGUCAUUUUGUUUAUUGUAAUGAUGAUGACUUACUAUCUAAUGAUUUAUUUUAUUUAAUAAAAUGUAUACUUUAACAUUAA